CAUCAGCCCCACACUCUCCUCUCCUUCCUCUCCAAAUUUCCCAAUCCAAAUAGGGACUAAAGAUUUUCACUGUUUUGUUUCGAUCAAGCUCCAACAGAAAAAUAAAUCAAACGGAAGCAAAAAACAGAUCGCAGGCAGAUUUCACGCGCAGCAAACAACCAAACAAUAAUGAGAAAAAAACAUCUCCAAAAUACUUUCAUUAACAUCAUCAUUUACAAAAACGUAGAAAAAAAAAACAUAUAUUUUCAGAGAAAAUAAAUGGCGGAGAUUUGGGUGACCGAACUGAGGGCGAUCCGGGGUACCCAACCACCGCCCCGGAUCUUUCCUCCUCACCGCUACCUAAGAUUCCUCUGUUCGAAUGUAUACCUAAUAGGAGACGGUGCAGCAGAGAUGACGGAAAACCGAGAGGGCCAGCUAUUGAGAAGGGAGAGGAGGAUACCCAGAGUCUGUCUGUCAGGCUGCUGUAAGGCGGAGAAAAUGAUCUGUGGCUGAAGGGUUGUGCAAUGUGGAUAAAAAAAAAAAAUGGCCCAGAGGGCUGAGAUCGGUGAUGUAAGAGGUGAUGGUGGUGAGAUGAUGAGAAUCGUUCCUGUGGUGCUUGGACAGCG